CUUAAGGAUGCCGCCAAAAAGCCUUGUGCUCGUAAAUCAGCCACAGGUGCUCACCAAACCCAAACGACAGCACUGGCGGGUGGUGUGCGCUGCUUCAGCAUGGCUUGUAACGGUGUCGAAGUGGUCCAAACAGCUACUGCUACUGAUGACACUGGCGUCGGGAGUUCCUCGACUUCCUCUGUAAAAGGUGACAACUUUUUGGCUGGUGGCCCUUUGGAGUCAAUUCCAGUCCCUGCCGGUCCUCCUUCACGGGGCAGGCGUCGGACUCGGCACACAGGUGGUCAGGUGGCACCAGUGCCAGUUGUAAAUGCUAGUAUUAGCGAUAUUGGCCAGCUGCAGCAGCAUCAUCAUCACAAACACCAUGGACAUAGUCGUCACCAUCCCAGACGUGGCCAUCAGCCUGGACCUCACACUCAGUUAACACGGCAUCAACUACUCGACCAACCUCUGCCGGCUGGAGUGGUAUCUCUCAAUCUCCCUCCAGCUGCGAGCGAGGUCAAAUCAGAUGAAAUGGCCGGUUCCCUUGUACCGUACCUUGACUCUCUGUUUCGGGGUCGUCCGAUUCCAGUCUAUGGUGUGUUUGCGCUUAAUACUAAUAAUGAACCUUCUUUCCUGAUUCAUGAUUUACAUUAUGGUCGAGAUUAA